CGACUUUUUUGGGUGUCUCAUCAAUUUUGAUGGUUGUUUUCUGUCUUUUUCACGACUUCUGGCCUUGUAACUCGCCCAAGUCCAUAGUGUGUCACCUGACGAAACGCGCCGGUACCGCUGGCCGCUUACGCCUAAAAGCGCAGUUGUUGGGCAACAGAGCUGGAGACGUUUCAGAGCUAGGCAUUGAAUGGCAUUGAGCCAGCACCGCCAAAUUCCUGUGACAGGAUUUUUGAGAAGCAGAAUGAGGAACUUUUGAGUUACGAUAGUCAUGCCUUUCUGUACUUUGCACUGACAGUCCUUAGCGUUGUCCUGGUGCCUUGGACCUAUUUCUUGAUCAAAACUAUACUGUGUCCAAGGCCAUCUUCAGAGCUGGACUUCGAGUCUGGAGGAAGUGCAAAGCCAGAAGGUUGUGAAGUGCGGCUUUGUAAGACCUCCUUCAUGGAGGCCAGACGACAAAACUCCUUGAAGAUUGCGAAAGCCACAAGGUUUCGUGGUCUCAACUUGGUGCAAAUCGUCGGGCUUGCUAUUGGCUGGUCACUGAUGAUGCGGGUACUUGCUGAGCUCAAGGACGCUCCCACAGAACUGCGCACCUUCGACCCUUACCAAAUCUUGGAGGUAUCUAGGGGUGCAGAGCUGCGGGAGAUCAAGAAGGCCUAUCGCACCAAGUCUCUCCAGCAUCAUCCGGACAAGGACAAAGAUAACCCAUUGGCUCCAGCAUUAUUUCAGCAGGUCUCCAAGGCUUAUGCUGCUUUGACCGAUGAGGCCGCUCGGAAGAACUACGAGAAGUACGGGAACCCUGAUGGCCCGGGGCAGAUGAAGAUGGGAAUUGCCCUUCAUCCGUCCUUGCUGGUAAAGGAGAACCAGAUCUUUACCCUGUGCUGCUUCUUUGGUUUGCUCUUCCUGGUCCCUUUCUCUGUGGUUUGCUGCUGCUUGAGGGGCUCCAAUGUCUCCACCGGGGGUGUCAGUGCAGAGACCCUCAAGAUCUUUCAUGCCUGUAUUGACUUGGAGGUGAUGCUGGAGGACACUCCUGGCUUGCUAGCAGCGGCAGCAGAGGAACGUCGGCAGAUGUGCGCAGACGCCAGAGCCUGUAUGGAGGCAAUGUCUGUGAGUCAUCCAGAGCCGAUGCAAUCUGGCACUUUGGUGCGCUUCACGCAGGAUACCAGCAGUGGUGAGCAGAAAGGCCGCCGUGGUGUUCUUCGAAGAAGAGGCCCUGAUGGCCGAUGUGAAGUUGAGGUUUGGCCAACCUCCGGGCCACCGCAGAAGCCCGAGGACGUACAGACCAAGGUCUUUCCUCAGUCCGUCCUGGCUUCUUCGGAGCCAAGGAUUCCGUGUCCCUUCACUGAUCCGGCAAUUCGAAGGGGCUCUGCCAUGCUGUGGGCGCACAUGCGACGCAUGCAUCCGCAUAUGUCACCAAUGGCACAGGCAGAGCUUACAAACCGUUUGGUGCAGACGCCAAAGCUCUGCAGAGCAAUGAUUUCCAUCGCAUCACAUGGCGAGGGAGACCGAUCAGGCUUCAUAGAAGUGGUGCGCAGCUGCAUUAUGCUGCAGCGCUGUUUGGUUCAGGCGAUUGAUUUCAAUGAUUCGCCACUACUGCAAUUGCCCCAUGUCAGGUCGGUGCCAAAGGGAGCGCCAGGCUUUCAUGAGGUGGUGCGGUCACCAGAAAAGUCUUUGCUGAAACAGCUUGGCUCUUUGACAGCGGAGCAGGUCUUAGACAUCCAGUCUUUUUGCCAGCACGUGCCUUUGGUUGAGCUCAGCUACACAGUGGAGGUGAAUGAUGAGGCAGAGAUGGCUGAAGGUGACAUGUCCACACUGAAGGUCACGCUCACCAGAACCAAUCUCUCCAAAGCGGAAUGUGCCGGUCCAGUUCACGCACCUUUUUUUCCUGCCGUCAAGUACGAGGAAUGGUGGCUGCUCGUCUAUGACAAGCGUGGCCGAAGGAUGAUAGCUGCUGACUUGGUUCUGGGGACUGGGCGCGUCUGCAAAAGCAGCGUGAAUUUUAUAGUUCCUAGACCGGGUGAGUUUGAGUGGACCGUUUUCGCCAUGUGCGACUCCUACGCAGGUCUCGAUGUGACGCUGGACGUCCACUUCAAAGCAGCCAAGAAAUCCGAGGUGGACCGGUCCAUUUUUGUUCAUCCUGAGGACGCCGAGAUCAAAACACUCUUUGAGGAGCUGAUGAUGGGACUCGAUCAGGACCAGGAAUCAGACUCUGAGGAAGAGGAAGAGCCUUCAGCCCGGCAGGAGCAAAUGCUCAAGCGGGAUGCCAAGAAAGACGUCAACGCCGUGGAGGUUGUCGACGGCGACUCAGGGGAGACCGAGGAAAACAAGAAGGUGGAGAGCAAGGAGAAAAAGGAGGCAAAAAAGACAGAAGGCUCCGAUGAGGAGGAUGAAGAAGAGAAAGCUGUACCAGAUGGGUCGUAUUUUCGAAUCACUGACACCACUGGCAGCUUUAUCUACCGAGAGCCCACAGAGGAUCCUUCGAUGCGAAUAGGAUCAUUGCCCAAAGGUGCAGUACUGCGAGGUUUUCAAGAGGGCCGUCCAGAAGGCUGGUUGGAGGUCCCCACAGGAGCACAAGGAAUUUGGGUCAAAGUGGAUGGUGCCAUCAAGACAGACGAGAAAGAUGAGCCUGGUCAACCUGCAGAAGACUUGGGCCCUUUACCUGAGAUUUGCUUGCGGGACCUGGUCAAGGCUCAUGCGCCCAUCUGCCUCUUGAAGCGCUGGAUCCGCCAGACGGCCAAAGAAGUCACAGCCGAAGACUUGCUUCAGGUUCGCGAGAUGGACAACGCCCGAGCCAGAUUCCUUGUGGAGGAUCUGCUGUUUCGUCGUUUGGGAGCAGAAGGCUUCUCGAAGCUUCUCGAUGGAGCUGAGGUGCUCACCAAGAAGUUUCAGCAGCGAAUCCAAAAAGCACGUGGAUUCUUCCAGACGGCGAAUGGCAUCAUUUGGCACGUGACCCCUGAGGGUGACGUGAAAGGUCUUCAUAGAGAUGGUUCCAAGAUCCGAGAUCGCAUACAGGUGACGGAAGAAGACAAGCUGCAAAUUGGGCCCUUCCGCCUGGACGAAGAGCGUCAAUGCAGCUGCAUUCAUUGGAACCGGAAGGAUGAUCCCGAAAAGACGUGGAAUUGGUCAAGGGAUAAUUCCUUGCGAACAAGGGUGCGGUUGGCGACAGGUGAGAGAGCUUAGGUAGCUACCGAAUGAAUGGGAGCCGGGAACCUGCGACCCGCUCGAGUUCCAGUUAAUGCUGGCAUCAAAGGUGCAGUAAUGAGCCUCCUCGGUGCUGCAACCCACAAGAAUCAAACUUGAC